AUAGGACAGGGAACCAGAUUAUCUGAUCAUUUACGUCGAUUAUCAUCAAUUGAUAUUAAUAUCCCGCCAUUUGGAACACUGAGAAUUAAAAUUGUUACAAGCAAAGAACAAGUAUAAAUAGAUCAACCUUUUGAGAUCUACCAUAUUACCUGGUUUUUUUUAGUACAUAUUACGUGUUUUUUUUUAGUACUUUAAACCCAAAAUAAACAAAAAUAUAAUGGUACAAACAAGACAGAAUUGUUAAGCAUUAUGCAACAGACAUUGACAAAAAUUUGUAGAUAGUAUAUAUAGCAGAAAUUUAAAGCAAGCAUAGUUAAAUAAAAUAACUAACAGAAUGGCAGCAAAAUAUUCAAGGCUAUCAACAGAGGAUCCGGAACAAGGACAAGUUGCAUUUGAUUUUUCGUCCACUCAUUGUUAUUCAUCCCAGUUCACAACUUCCACAAAUGAUUAUAAGUCAAUCUAUACAUACUCAAGAGGUGACAUGCAGCUCAGGGAAGACCAUCUUCGUCAUACUGUUGUAAAACAGUCAUUUGUGAGCAGAAUUUGCAGUUUGCUUAUAACAGCCAUUUGUUUUAUACUCAUUGUUGUAACAUUUCCCAUAUCUGCUUGGAUAAGUAUAAAGAUUGUCUCAGAUUGUGAGAGAUUAGUGGUUUUCCGUUUAGGGCGUCUACAAGGUGUUAAAGGACCAGGGAUAACAUUUGUGAUGCCAUGUAUUGACAAUGUAAAGAAGGUGGAUGUAAGAAUGAAAGCUUUUACUGUUCCUCCUCUACAGAUACUAACAUCAGAUGCAGGAAUUAUAGAAUUUGGUGCGGAUGUGUACUAUCAAGUUACUGAUGCCAUGAAAUCUGUGACAUCGGUGCAGGAUUUAAACUCGCAGUUACGCGGUCUUGUGAGGAACCGAUUGAUGAAUACUCUCACCAAGUUUGAUCUACAAGUUAUUGAAGAUAAAAAAGAUGAAAAUGUGGCAAAAAUUGUUGCAGAGUGUAACGAUGCAGCACAUGGCUGGGGUGCUAAUAUCUGCAGAGUUGAUUUAUCUCCAAUAAAAGUGUUACAAGCAGCUAAAACUGGAGCAUCUAUACCAGGACUUGGCGGUCAGGAAGGACUUUCACAAGUAUUUCAGCAUCUGGCACAAUCUUUUCUGUCAUCAGGCCAAGGACAGAGGGGAACCAGUACCAUGCUACCAGCAAUUAGUGAGUCUGAAGAAGCUUCAGGUGCUGCCAUUGCUAUGGAAGAUGUUACAUUGGUUCCCGGUAUAACACCCGCACAUCUUGUAGAGCUGGUUAGAGACAUUAAUGUCUCAUUUAUCUAUCAUCCUGAAAAUAUAGGAGCUGGAUAUGCAGGUGAAGGAUCUACACAAAACCCAGAUGUCACUCUCGACCUGUCAGUUAGGGACAUGCAGAGCAUGUUUGCAGACCAGCUUAAACCUUUACAAGCCUACAUGAGUGGUAGACUGAAAGUGUCAGGUGACCUGUCAGCAGCCAUGAGACUUGAGGAAGUAAUGGAUAAAGUUGUCAAUAAUACAGCAAGUAGUUCUGUUGCUGGACAUACUGUUGUUAAUAUUUAGGUUAGAUAUGUGCAAAUUAUAUGACAUUUUAGUUGUUUAUUCCGCCGAAUGAUAGAUCAUCUUCAAGGUAAAAUCUUAUUCCUUCUGCUUGUCUUAGCUAUAGUUAUACAGUAAGUUAUUUACAUACAUGUACAUUUUAGGUAAAAUAUUGGUAACUAAGAAGUAUUGGCAUAUAUAAUGUAGUGAAAAAACAUUUGCAUUGGACAUUGAAUUUUAUCAUGUGUUGAAACAGUCCAGCAAAGUUAUAGAGGGUUAAUUGUUUCACCCAAGAAUCUAAGUUAUCAAAUAAUAGGACUGUAACUUCA